AGCUCCCACUCCACCACUGGCUUGUCGUACAGUCAGUCAGGUUUGACUGCGCUGCUGGGCUCAUACGCAUUUAGCCGGCAUCGCAGCAUUUAGCACCGUUAAUUCGCUCCUGCGCUUCAUUAUAGCAUGGAGUGCAUGGCGACGUACAAUCCUGCUACCGCCUAACGCCCGUACAUCACAGCACGGCGGAUCUCCCAUUCUCUUACUCCACUUGCCCCAGGCGUUAUUAUCAGACAUGGACAAAGAAAGGAAGCUUUCCCGGCAAUACGGCUCCCUGGAGCACACGAAGUGGAAAGCGGAGGUGAAUGCAGAUGAAGACAUCGUUUCCAUGGCAGACUCUACCAUCACUAUAGAUGACAUCGAGGGGGAGCUCUUCAAGAUUGAAAGGAUAAGGGAGGUCCUGGUCAGGAGGGAGUCGGAGCUCAGAUACAUGAUGGAUGACAUUCAGCUUUGUAAAGAAAUCACCCGACUGAAGAAAGAACUCCAGAAGCUUGUCUCAAUACCAGAUAAAGAUAAAUCGAAUGAAGACAAGCAAAAAGAAGAAGAGCUCCUUCAACAGAUCCACAAGCUUGUGGAAACCAGAGACUUCCUGGUGGACGAUGUCGAGUUCGAAAGGCUGAGGGAAAAAGAAGAAGACAAGGAAAUGGCCGACUUCUUGCAGUCAAAAUUAUCAAAAGACCCCAUCAAGGAUAAGAAAAUGACUUCUAGAGCACAGCAGACCUCCACGCCUUUUGUGACCAAGACAGGCCUGAGGCUGCUCAAAGAGUGCUGCGGCUUCACCUGCUCUGUGAUGUAAAACCAGGCCAAGGGCUGCUACGUGAGAAGGGGCCUUCCCAAAGGGUCUGUGUCCUAAGGGAAUCUUGUUGGAAGCUGAGGAGUGCUAGGCUGGAGAGCAGCCGCAUCUUAUCUGUGUCAUUGCUUGUAUUGCCUCCUCUUUUCUCUUUCCCAUUUUCUCCGAGAUGUGACGUAAUGUGUGGACUUUUCAAAUAAUUCUCCAGGGUCCUGAAGUCAAGCGCACUGUUCUGUACAGGCAACAAUCCAAACUCUAAGCUGAAGAACAGGUUUUGGUCAGGGAGGAGCGAAAGGAUCACUGGUCUUUUGUCUUCACUGAUAACCCCUUUGCUGGACCACAGCAAGAUAAUAAUAAUAAUAAUUCAUUACAUUUAUAUAGCGCUUUUCUCAGUACUCAAAGCACUAUCCACACAGGGAGGAACCGGGAAGCGAACCCACAAUCUUCCACAGUCUCCUUACUGCAAAGCAGCAGCACUACCACUGCGCCACCUGUGAUGACGCCUUAUUACUGGGUGUCAUCUCAUAGCUGGAAUGGGCCCCUACAGUAGAUGUUUUCCUCACAUAAAUUCGUCCUCUAUUCACAAUGUUGCAAACAAAAGGCAGGAGACAAGAUAGUGGACAUUGCUAAACAUCCUGAUCUUCACAACAUUGGCAAAUUCAUUUUCAGGGAAGACACAAUUGCCCAGAGGACAGGGGGGGACCGUGGUGGAUAUGGCAUUUUGAAUGUUGUCUGAGCACCAGAAGCUUAAAAAUAUAUUUUAUAGAUUUGUUAAUUGAAUUAUUUAUUUUUAAUUAUGUCAUACGGUGCUCUUGGUGAAUGUCGCUGUAUUACAGUGUUAUGUUUUAACUAACAGUUAUAUUUGUGCAUGCAAGGUAAUCUGAUUGUAUCAUUCCAUCUUUGAGCCCCCAUCUUUAUGAUGCCCUGUGAAUCAUAAAUUAUUAUGCUGGGGCAAUGAAAUUUUUAAGCAUGAUUCACAAUUAAACCUUGUAUUUGUUUAAAAAAAUAAGCAUUUUCUAUAUGGUUAAAGUUUAUGUAAACUGUAAUGCAUUUUUUUAUUGUCAGUUUUAUUUUUCAUCAUGUUGUACAUGGAUUUUUUUGUUACCUACAAUUUACUGUUUGACAAACUAACCAUUAUAAUGAAUAAAGAAUUAUUUUACAAAU